AGAGAGCCAUGACGAAAGCAGCAAUGACAGUUCUAUGUCCUAAUGAUGAAAAUAUUUGAAUUUUAGCUUCUUUUGUGCGAUUUGGCAUAUGUAAAAUCACAAAAGGUUUUCGUCACAGUUUCUAUCUAAGUUCCCGGCUGGUUGUUAAAUAAGAAAGCAAAGAAAUGGCAGAUACAUUCCGUCUUCAGAAAGUGUUAGAUGCAUUCAGAUCAUGUCUGAAUGAAAAUAAGGAGGUUUACAUUAAAUAUUAUAUAGUAGGAUGGCAAGAGCUGGUCAGCUUCAUGAACAGUUUGGGGAACGUGUUUUCCUUCAUCUCCAAGGAUGUGGUCAGCAAGAUACAAAUCAUGGAGAACUUCCUUUCGGGUGAAAAUGGGUCCCAUUAUGUCACCGUCCAGUCCAUGGUGAAGUUUGAGCUGGAGAAUGACCUAGUGGACCUCACCAAAAGGGAAAACCACCCAGAAUCCGGUUGUCGCACUCUUCUGAGGCUACAUCGGGCUCUGCGCUGGCUCGAGCUUUUCCUGGACAGACUGCGGACCAGCACAGAGGAGAGCAAGACUUCUGUCAUGUGUUCUGAUGCUUAUAAUGAGUCUCUGGCUCAUCAUCAUCCCUGGCUCAUCCGCAAAGCUGUUGACAUGGCGUUCUGUGCACUUCCAGGGCGUGACACAUUCUUUACUGUAAUGAAUGCAGGUGAUCACACGCAGGUGGUUGCUCUGUUGGGAGAGUCUUUGCCUCUCAUCUCUGAAGUGUACCAGAUCACAGAAGACUUAUAUUUGAAGAACAACCUCCUUGAGUUACCAUAGAUGGAUGACAUAUGUGGUUACACACCCACAUACAUAUAAUUCAUAGUACAUAUAGCACGUGCAUUUGAUUUGCCCAGGAGACCUUUACAAGGGAUCUAUGCAAAAUGCAUAUAAAUGCAAACAGUUUUAACCAGGGUUGUGCUUAUUUCACUUACCAACUACAGUACACAUUACUUACACAGAUAUUUUCUGUUAGCCGAGUGAGCUGUAUUUGAACAUAUUUGUAAAUUAAGGGAACAAUAUGAAAUCAUAAUUAUUUUUUUUAUUUAAAGGUGAAAGAUGUACAGUACAUGACAUGUAUUUAAAUUAUAACUGACACUACAUUACAUUUGAAUUAGAAAUACUGUAUAAUUUAAUAUAUUGGAAAUGUUGUUUUUUCCACUUAAUUGUUUGGUUUUACUUGUAUUUUCAGUUCAUUUUAAUGUAUUAUAUCAGCUGAAAACUACAAAGGGAGAUGUAAAGCUUUAUGUAAUGCAAUAAUUAAAUGUAACAUUCGGAAACAAAAAUUACGUUUUAUUCAUGAUUUUCUCAUUCUCAUAUUAUGUCUCACGUUUAGAUGAAACUACAGUGUAUUCAAAGCAUUGACUGAAGAAUGAGCACAGAUGCAUUGUUCACAAUAAGACCAGCAACAUAAAUUAAGUAAAUAAAUAGGAUCUAUUUUAAGUUCAUGUUGACUUUUAAGUUAUCGUUUUCUUUUAAGUUAGACUUUUAAAUGUCACCAAAUAGUAAGUCAUGAUGGCUGACUAUUUUAGAAUGUAAUUGUAAAUCCAGGACAUCAAGAUGCGGAAAUAUCUAAAAAAUUCCCAAGUCAUAAUAGUUAUGACAUUGAUAAAACUGUAUUUUGCUUAAACGCAUCAGUGGACUCAAAUGAAAAGCAUAUCAAAUGCGAUCUAAGGGAUCUCAAGAUGUGUUUAAAGAUUGAGAAUUAAACUGUAUUUAACUUGAAACAGUGACCUAAACACUAAUUAUUUUCUUGUAGAGUGAUUUAAUUGUGAUGUCGAUAUAUUCUGUACAUUUUGUGGUCUGCAGGAGGAAACAUUUUUUCAUUUAUUUUGGAGUUGUCCCUACUCGACUUGUUUUUGGUCUGAUUGCUGCAAGAUUUUUAGAGAUCAUGUUAUUCCUAGCUUUCAACUUUGUUUUGAAAAUGUUUUAUUCGUUUUUUUAGCUAUGACAUGUCUCUUCAUAAGGAAUAUUAUUUGAUUAAUGUUCUGCUUUUGUUGGCAAAGUUUAGUACUCAUAAAUGUAAGUGUGGUGGUUAUAAACCAUUAGUUUGGUUCAGCAAUACCUAAGAAUAAUUUCCAAUUUCAGUAACAAGAAAGCUGUAAAGGGUAUUGAAAUAUGUAAACAAUUUGAUAUUUUUAUUACCGGUAAACUGUUUAUUUAUUUAUUUUCCUUUUUAGUUGUUGUUUGUAUUAAUAUACCUCUUGGCUCUAGAUGUAAAAGUUAUAUAAUGUCUGAAGCAGGUGUAAAUUGACGAGUCCUUAAA